UAGUUCUUAGCUUGAGCGAAUUCUUAAUUCUUAUAUUUCAGUGAUGUUGCCAACUAAGUUCUGAACUAAGUUUUUGAACUAAUUUAGUUUUGAGUUUGUCAAAGUCUUGAAACUUUUUUUUGUCACCUGUUAAUUGAAAUGAUAUAUUUUCAGAGGGGAUCCUGGUUAGUUUCGCCCGGGGAGCACGUUUAUGGAGCACCAUCAUUGGAAAUAAAAUUCUGAAAGUGCCCCGGGCAUCAUGAAGUCCCUGUGCGCCCCUAUAUUUUACUAAAACAAUUUCAAAAAUUAAUAGUAAAAAAUUGGAUAAUAACAGCAGCUAGUAAAUUUACUUUUUUAAUCAUCAAAUAUAUGAAACUUAUGUAAUGAAAAAAUAGGUAAUUUUAAAGCGUGUUGCAUGUUUGGAGUGGAGUUCCUGCUGCAAAACUCUCAUAUCAAAUUGUAAAUGUACCAAGCACAAUAUAUAGGUAUUCCUUAGAAAUACCACAAGAUACUUUUAUUGAUGCUGAGGAUGGUAACACUCGAAAUUUGCAAAUACAAUGGCUAUUUAUCAAUAACCAAACCGUUCCCAAUACUUACUGGAUUGUUUUAAGGAGAUCUCCAAACAAAGAUGAGUUAAUACUUUAUGUCGAUCGAAAUGUUUGGCAAAACCAAUACUAUUAUUUUAAUUUAAAAGCAAUUGAUAAAGAUGGGAACUAUGCAGUUAUGUUAUAUAAUUUCACUUUUUUAUCACCUCCUCAAGAUCCAGUCUAUAAAAGAUUUUUAAUUUUAGAAUCAAAUUCAUCUGAUAUAUUUCAGAGUUCAAGUGUAGAAAUUUUAUUUUACAUUCAAGAGAAAAAAAUUUAUCCAUACUCUCAAUUGAACCAGCAAGGAAUACCGAGUUUUGAUCAAAUUGUAACUGAUACUCUUAAUUUAACUAAAACUAAUGGAUUAACAACUAUUUACUUAACAUGGAGUUCAACGAUAUUCCUUUUAAACUGGUGUGAUUUAAAUAAAAUAAUAAAUUUCAGAUCUAAAACGAUUAAAAUGUAUAAUCUUACGUACCUUCAAUACUUUAAUCCAGAGUUUUAUGUAAAGCAAUCGACAGAGUCUUUUCAUGGAGCAUGUAGUUACCUUUCUAUUGAUCCUCCAUUGGUAUCAAGUUAUGUUUUUAAUUCUAUUCAGAUUGAUACUGGUGUUUAUUUUUCUGUUACUCUUCCGCAAGGAUUAUUUUUUCCCCCAGAAACUGGAAAACUCAUGAGUAUAUUAUUCGAUCUUCGCACAAGUAGUGGGGAGAAAUUGCCAUCUUCUUAUUGGAUAACACUAAGUGGAAAUAAUAUAUCUACUAAUAAAACUUUAGAUGGAUUUGUAUCUUAUAAUCAAGCUCUGCAACAAUCUAGUUACAUUUUUCAGCUGGUUGCAAGCACACCAUUAUUGGAAGAAAGUUAUCGGAUUUUAAAUAUAAGCAUAAAUUCAUUCCCAAUAAUACAGCAAAAUUUUAUUGUUUCUUUUAAAGGUUUUGUGGUAUUUUCAAUUUCGUACUUGAAUUUUAUUACUAGGUUUAUUUCUAUAAUGUCUGAUUACUUAUCUAUUACUUCAUCAAUUGUUAUAUUUGAUGUGAACACACCCUCUGAUCAAACUGUUGUGAAAUGGUCUUUGUUAGAUUUUACGCUACAAAGCUGUAACAUAAGUGAACUGUCUCUGUUGAAGUUCAAACUUGUUAAUGAAAACGGAUCGCCAACUAAUGGUCUGAAAGACGUUCUUAAUAUGACAAUUAACUACUUAGUUUCAAAUAUUACUUUUUCAACACAAUUAGCAUGUCUUACUGAUCAAAAUGGUCCAGUGCGUAAUGAAGCAUACUUAAAUAUAUCAGUUAAGGAUGGAUUAUAUCGUUUUGUCUUGCCAUUACCAAGUACAACUUUUAUUGAUGCAAAAGAUGGAGACAUGAGUAAGUUGGUUUUACAACUUUUGUUGCCAAAUGGUGAAAAUGUUCCUUUAAGUAAUUGGGUUCAAUUGCUGCGAUCAAAUAAUAAAGACCAAUUGAUUGGUUUUUUAAGUUUAGAAACAUAUAGCAAGAAAAGUUGGAGUUUUCUUCUUAAAGCUACUGAUAGUGAUGGUAAUUAUGCCACCAAGUCUUACAAUUUUUUCAUUGAUACACAACCAUUAUCACUGUAUUAUCAAAUAUCUUUGACGCUUCAGACAUCAGUAGCUGAAGUUGUUUCUCUGAACGAUGUGGAACUUGCAUUUUACAUUCAAGAAAAAAAGAUUUUACCAUAUUCUCUACUUCAAAACCAAGGAAUAAUUGAUGUAAAUACAUUAAUUGUAUUAAGCUUGGAUGUUAAACGAGAUUUUAAUGUUACAACUGCAAGUCUCGUGUGGAGCUCUAGCAUUUUUUCUUUCUCUUCUUGUGAUGUAAAUAAAAUGAUUCGUUUCAGAUCAAAAGUGUUUGAUAGUUUUAAUGCUGCGUAUAACAGUUUUUUUAACCCAGAAAUCACUAUAACAAGCAAAUUUGAAAGUUAUAUUGGGAAUUGCAGUUAUUUAUCUUCAGAUCCUCCUUUAGUUGGUAACCCAGCUUUUAUAAAAGUUGAAGUUGGAUUUGGUUUAUCAUUCUCAAUAAAUAUACCAAAUGAUAUCUUCAUUCCACCAGUGAAUGGAAGUAGUAUGAAGUUAAGUAUUUAUUUAACAGGGGUUGACGGAGAAGAUUUGUCAUUUUUAUACUGGAUAAAUCUGAAUGGCAAUACUCUAACUAAUAAUAUAAGCUUUGUUGGGUACGCCUCAAAUGAUGUGGCUGCAAUGCAAACAGUAUAUAGGUUUCGUUUAGUGGCUUAUACACCAUUGUUAGUAAAUGCUAGUAGAUUAAUAAUUGUGAAUAUAACAAACUAUUAUCAAGUAAAAGAAAAUUUUGUGGUUACCUUGUCAUUAACAUCAUAUAACUUUACUGCUUAUUAUACUUUCAUAAACUUUUUUUUAUCAACAAUUUCAAACUACUUAAGCUACCCAGUGGACUCUAUUUUAGUGCUUAAAUCAACAUUUUUAUCAAAUAAUGUUGUUAUUAGAUGGACUCUUAAAGAAUAUUCAGCAACUGAGUGUAACUUUUCUGAGUUGAACCGAAUAACUAACAAACUUGUUUACAAGGAUAGAAAAGCAACACUAAAUUUUACUAGUUCUUUAAGCAAUAUAACAGUAAACUUAUCUUCAAUUAAUAUUGAAAAUCUGGGUGUCUGUGCGGCUUAUAACAAUUUUCCUGUUCCUGAUGAACCUUCGUUGAACAUAAAUGUGUCUAGUAAGACAUACAGAUUCACUUUGUUGUUGAAGCGAACAACUUUUUUUGACUCUAAAGAUGGUGAUAUGAGUAAUCUCAAGAUAGAUUUGCUGUUAGAGAAUGAGGAACCUGUUUCACUAAGCAACUGGGUUCAAGUUUCUAGAAGUAAUGGAAAUGAUAGUCUUAUUGGUUAUAUAUCCUUGAAUUUGUAUGACAAAUUAGUUUGGAAAUUUAUCUUAAAAGCAACAAAUAGUGAUGGAAACUUUGCGACUAAACUUUAUAUCUUUAACUUAGAAUCUUCUCCAAAACAAGCUACAUACAAAAUGCUUCUAACACUUCGUUCAAACUACCAAAAUUUCAUAAACAGUCAUGAUGUUUUGAUUCUAUUUUAUAUACAAGAUUUUAAACUGAUGAAUUAUUCUCAAAGCAACCUUCAAGGAAUUAGUGAUGUUUAUUCAUUUAUAACAGAGGAUGUGAAAAUUUUUCGUAAUAAUAGUGAAAUUUUAAUAACUCUGCUCUGGAGUACAGCUGACUUUACAACAUCUUAUUGUCAGCUAGAAAAAAUUGUACAGCUACGAAAAAAAAGCACUGGAAAAUACUACACAAAGUAUUCUAACAUGUUUCUACCUGAAUUUAAUCUAAUAAGCAAUACAGAAAGUUUUUUUGGUGCCUGCAGCUAUUUAUCAGCUGAUCCACCAAUACUUGGAACACAACAAUUUCAAAAAUUGUAUGUAGAUUCUGGUAGUCUAUUUUCAAUAACUAUUCCUGACAAUCUUUUUAAACUUCCAUUGAAUGGAAGUACAAUGACACUUAAUAUAGAACUUAGAAAUCAAAAUGGUGAACCUGUAUUAGCACCAUGGAUUGCAUUAAAUGGGAAUAUAUUUCGUUAUGGAUUAAGAAUCGAAGGGUAUAUACCUUUUGAUAUAGCUUCUGGGAAUUCAAGUUUUCUUUUCCAACUUGUUGCAACUACUCCGUUACUUGAAGAAAUUAGUAACUUUUUUAAUAUUAUUAUUUUAGAUGAUAAAACAACUUUACAAUUAAACUAUGUUGUAACUUUUUCUUCCCAAUCAUAUACAGUUGGAAAUUACAACUUUGUUUUAAAUUUCAUGUCACAACUAUCAAGUUACUUAUCAGUCCGAAUGAAUUCUAUUAUUAUCAUAAAGUUUGUAACUACAAUGUUGUCAACAGAUAUUCAGUGGACUCUAUUAUCACUAACUGGUACUUGUUGUGAUGAUGUUUUAGUUCAGGCUAUUACUUCAAAAGUUAUGAGUAAUGGAACAUCAAAUCCAAAUCUAGAUUUUUUACUAAAUAGUAUAAACUUUGUAAAUACAACUAUAAUUUAUAAUUUAGGAGUUGCCUGCAAUAAUGAUAAAACUCCUCCUUUACCUGAUGUCGACACGGAAGAUGUAAUGAUUCAAAGCAAUGUUUAUCGGUUUAGACUCACUUUACCACUAACGACAUUUGUUGAUAAAAGUGAUGGGAAUAUGAACGUUUUGAAGAUUGAUUUCAUGACUAAAAAUAAAACUACUGUACCAGUCAACAAUUGGAUUCAACUACAAAAAACAAACAACAGUUAUGAAUAUAUUGGUUAUGUAAACAUUUUAUUAACAAGCACUAAUAUAUGGACAUACUUUAUUAAAGCCACCGAUAAAGCUGGAAAUGCUGCAUUUAAAAAAUAUAAAUUUUUUAUGGUUGAAAAGCAAACACAAGCAAAUUAUAGGAAAAACCUAACAAUUUAUUCAUUUUUACCAACUUUAUAUCAAAUGACAGAUGUUGAAAUUCUUCUUUAUAUUCAAGAGCAAAAACUAUAUCCCUAUUCUUUACAGCAAAAUCAAGGCAUAACAGAUAUAAAUACGUUAAUAACUGAAGAGCUGCAAGUAACAAGACGUGGAACUUUAGUUGAAAUCUACUUAGUUUGGACUUCAGCUAUUUUUAUAGCAAGUAGUUGUGAUAUUCAAAAACUUAUAAAUUUUAGAUCAAAGACCUUAUCAAACUACACACAAGUUUAUUCCAAUUUUUUUUUACCUGAAUUCACAUUUAAAAGUGAAACAGAAGAGUUUCUUGAUGCUUGUAAAUUUUUAACUAGCAAACCACCAGUGAUUGGUCCUUCAAACUUUUCAGAUAUCACAUUGAAAGUAGGAGAAUUUUUUUCUAUUAUUCUUCCUAAUAAUUUAUUUAUUGCGCCUUCAAUUGCAACAAGUUUUUCAGUUUAUUUGCAAGAUGAAAAUGGAAAUGCUUUACCUAAUUUUUCAUGGAUAACCUUAAACAACAGCAACUUUGCUUCUGAUCUAACAAUAGAAGGUUAUGUAUCAAUUGAAAUGGCCACUCGAAAUACGAAUUACCUAUUUAGGCUUGUGGCUGUGACCUCAUUACAAGUUGAAGUAUAUCGUUUGAUAAAUAUUAACAUCACAGAAUAUAAACAGAUUCAACAAAAUUUUGUUAUUACUUUCAUGACAUCAUCAACAAAUAUUUCUUAUACUUCAUUUGUUAAUCGAUUUAUUGUAACAAUAUCAAAAUACUUGUCAUUAUCUGCCUCAUCAAUACUUAUAAUCAGCUAUGAUACAAAUUCUUCACUCACAAAAGUUAAAUGGACUUUGGUUCAACUCACAGGCCCAAGUUGUGACAGUUUGUUAGCUUCUUCAAUUUCGUCAAAAAUUUUUGAUUCAAAUAGUACAAUCAAUUCAUAUUUAUUGGGUGUUUUAACAAAUAUAAGUAUUGCCUUGAUGUCAGCUGAUAUUUCAAAAUCAGACAAAUGCACUGUGGAUCGCAAUGGUCCUAUUCCAGAUCAAUUUUCAAAAGUAUUCACAAUUGAUACCAAUGUGUAUCGUUUUUCAUUUAUCUUACCUGUUACAACAUUUGUUGAUGUAAAAGAUGGUGACAUGACCAAACUGUUUAUUGAACUGACUACAGAAAAUGGUUAUUCUUUAUCUGUUGAAAGUUGGAUUGAGCUUGUUCGAUCAAGUAAUAGCUUUCGUUUAAAUGGAUUUGUUAGCAGUGUUACUUAUACUGAACCCAAAUGGAUUUUUUUAUUAAAAGCAACUGACAGUGACAAAAACGUUGGAAUCAAAAAAUAUAUCUUUAUUGUUAAUCCACCUCCACUAGGUCCUAACUAUAUAAAACAUUUAACACUGAGCACCAUUUCGCCUUCUAUAUUAGAUUUAAGUGAUGUAUCAAUUUUAUUCUACAUCCAAGACAAAAAAUUGAUCCCUUACGCCAUCGGAAAUAGCCAAGGUUUUACAGAUAUAAAUUCUUUGGUUACAGGUAGCCUUAUUGUUGAAAGAACAGAUAGAUAUAUUACAGUAAAAUUACUGUGGAGUUCAAAUAUAUUUGUAUCUAAUCAAUGUCCUGUGCAAAAAAUUAUAGACGUUAGAUCUAAAACUACUGGAACUUACAGUGCUAUAUAUAGUCAGAGUUUUCAACCUGAGUUUACGUUUAUAGAAGAAAAUGAAUCCUUACAUGGACCAUGUAUAGAUUUGUCAAUCAAUCCACCUUUAAUUGGUCCAGCAUUUUUAAAUACUAUUGGUGUAAAAUUUGGUGAACUGUUUUCUAUUAAUCUUCCAAAUAAUUUGUUUAUUUCCCCAUCAGUAGGUACUAAAUUGUCAAUUUAUUUGAGAGAUGAGAAUGGAAAUGCUCUGCCUGAUUUUUAUUGGAUUAGGUUAAGCAGCAAUAACUUAGACUUUGGCUUAAGAUUAGAAGGAUAUGCAUCAAAUAAAAUAGCUGUUCAAAAAACAAGAUACCAAUUUAGGUUUGUGGCUGUAACUCAAUUACAAAUAGAAUCCUAUUCUGUGAUAAAUGUUAACAUUCAGGGAUACAAGCCUAUUCAGAAAAACUUUUUAAUAACUUUAUCAACAUUUUCGAAAAUAAAUACUAAUACUGUUUUUAUUAACCAAUUUGUACUGACCGUUGCAAACUAUUUGUCAUUUUCAGCAUCAUCCGUACUUAUAAUCAACUAUGAUACAAGUUCAUUACUUACAAAAAUUGAGUGGACACUUGUUCAGUUUGCAAGCAUUAGUUGUGAAAGAAAUUUGGCUUCGUCAAUUUCUUUAAAACUUCUUGGUACAAACGGUAAAUUCAACCCAGACUUUUUUAAUGCUUUAGCAAACAUAAAUUUUGUCUUGUCGUCAAUUGAUAUUUUUGUAUCAGAUAGUUGUGCUAUUAACAGCAACGGCCCUGUACCAGAUCAACCAUUGCAAACUUAUUUAAUUAAUACUAAUGUUUAUCGCUUUUCAUACAAUCUACCUAUUACAACUUUUGUAGAUGCAAAAGAUGGUGACAUGAGCAAAUUAAAUAUUGAGCUGACUACAGAUAGUGGAAUCUCUGUUCCUCUUAAUAGUUGGAUAGAGCUUGUUCAAUCAGGCAGUCGCUUUCUUUUAAAUGGUUUUGUUUGCAACACUACCUAUAAUAAAGCACAAUGGAUUUUUAUAUUAAAAGCAACAGAUAGUGAUAAAAACGUUGGGUUUAAAAAGUAUAUUUUUAAUGUUAAAUUUCCACUUCUUGGUCCUAACUAUAUAAAAGAUUUAGUAUUGCGUUCUUUUUCAUCUGCUAUGCUUAGUAUGAGUGAUGUGUCACUUUUGUUUUAUAUUCAAGAAAAAAAAUUGAUUCCCUAUGCAAUAGGACAAAGCCAGGGUUUUACUGAAGUGGAGUCUUUGAUUACAAAUAGUUUUCUUGUUCAAAGGACAAAUAGUUUUAUCACAGUAAAUAUGGCGUGGAGUUCAAAUAUUUUUGUAUCAGAAGAAUGUUCACUGCAGAAAAUCAUUAGCGCUAGAACUAAAACUACUGGAUCUUACAGCUCUACUUAUAGUAAGGUUUUUCAACCUGAAUUUAUGUACGUAGUAGAAAAAGAGUUGUUUCUUGGACCAUGUGGAAUUUUAUCAAUUGAUCCACCUACAAUCGGUCCAGGGACUUUAAACACAAUUAGUGUAAAAUUUGGGGAAUUUUUCACCGUUAUUCUUCCAAAAAACUUAUUUACACCUCCUUCAACAGGAACAAGUUUGUCAUUUUAUUUGCGUGACGAAAAUGGGAAUGUUCUACCCGAUUUUUAUUGGAUUAAAUUGAACAGUAACGAUCUAGAUAUUGGUUUAAAAAUAGAAGGCUACGCAUCAAAUGAAAUAGCUGUUCAAAGAACUAGCUACCUGUUUAGACUAAUUGCUGCUACCUCAUUACAAAUAGAAGCAUACCGUUUUAUUCACAUCAGUAUUAUAGGAUACAUACCUAUUCAACAACAGUUAGUUGUUACCUUCACAACAUUGUCGACAAUAUCUUCUUGCACUACAUUUGUUAAUCAAUUUAUUUUAACAAUAUCAAAAUACCUGUCAUUUUCUGCGUCAUCCAUAGUUAUAAUUAGCUAUGAUACAAUUUCUUCACUCACAAAAAUACAGUGGACUACAGUUCAUUUCACAGGUGACUAUUGUGACAGCUUGUUUGCUUCUUCAAUAUCAUUGAAACUACUUGAUGAAAAUGGGAAAGUCAAUCAAGAUAUUUUUAAGGCUUUACUAAAGAUAAAUAUUGUCCUUACAUCAGCUGAUAUUUCUAUAUCAAAUAAUUGUGCUAUCGAUCGCAAUAGCUUUGUUCCGCUUCAACCAUCACGAAAUUAAAUUUUAUAAUAAAAAAUUGAAGAUUGAAUUGCACGCGAACAUUUUUUACUUUUAAGAAGAAUUGCUUUACAAGAACUUUUAUAUAUUCUUCAAUACUUUAGAUGAAAAAUAGCAAACUUUGUUACAAAAAGUACGCACAGUAAAGAAAAAAACGUGAACGUUUAUAAUUAAAAACGCCUAUCUAUUCAUUUUUAUUCUUUUUACAAUACUAUAUUUAGCAAAUAAUAGAAUUAGUUGUAAGUA